GGUCCUUCAAGUUAAAAUUCUCGAGGAAAAAAUGGCCGCAACGCUGCAGUUUCCAGCUAAUGUUUCAUCUUUUAAUAAUUAUAAUGAUGCCGUUCCUGACUGGACGCAGAGGGAAGUCAGCACAGGGACCACCAUCAUGGCGGUGGAGUUCGACGGAGGAGUCGUGAUGGGCGCCGACUCUCGCACCACCACCGGCGCUUACAUCGCCAACCGCGUGACGGAUAAGCUCACUCCGAUCCACGACCGGAUCUUCUGCUGCCGCUCCGGCUCCGCGGCCGACACGCAGGCCAUCGCUGACGCCGUCACGUACCAGCUGGGCUUCCACAGCAUCGAGCUGGACGAGGCACCUCUGGUCCAGACGGCAGCGAGUCUCUUCAAGGACAUGUGCUACAGAUACAGAGAGGAGCUGAUGGCCGGCAUCAUCGUGGCCGGAUGGGACAAGCGGAGGGGCGGACAGGUGUACACAGUGCCUGUGGGAGGGAUGAUGACCCGGCAGCCGGUGUCGGUCGGUGGAUCCGGCAGUAGUUACAUCUACGGUUAUGUGGAUUCAAACUAUAAAGCUGGAAUGACCAAAGAGGAGUGUCUCAAAUUCACUGCAGGAGCGCUGACUCUGGCCAUGGAGCGAGACGGCUCGAGUGGAGGAGUGGUGAGGCUGGCGGUGAUCUCGGAGCUGGGAGUGGAGAGACAGGUGAUCCUGGGGAACCAGUUACAGCAGUUCUCCACCGUCUGAGUCUCAGCGACUCCAGCACAUGUUCGGCAGUGAAGCUCAAUAAACAUGAUUUCUCACAACUGUUCACUGGUGUUCACUGGCUUAAUUCAAGAUCCCAGUUUAAGUGCACGCGCUUUCGCUUGUACAUUUGUAAAGAUAAGAUGUGCGUUUGGGGGCGGGACUGUCUGACGGACCAAUGACAGACGAGAUCUGUUUCACAUAUUAUAUUAUCUUUACAGUUGAAACUGAGUGUUUCAUAUUUGAUGAAGUUUGCAUUAAACCAACAAUUAUACCUGA